GUAGCAAUAGCAGCAGCUGCAGCUCGUAGGAGGCGGGGCAUUCCGUGUUUCCACACUGCACGGCGCUGCGCCCCUUCCCCUGCGCGCUUUCUCUCUCUCUCCCCAUCCUUCUGCGCUCGGUUUUGGCUGACCCACUGUUCCCGGCCUCCUGCGCUCGUUCUGCCAUUGCAAAGAAGCGCCUGCGCCCUUCUUCAGGAUGGUGAUCAAAGUCUACAUCGCUUCUUCAUCAGGUUCCACAAAGAUUAAAAAGGAACAGCAGGACGUGUGUGGCUUUUUGGAAGUCAACAAGAUAGAGUUCGAGGAGAAGGACAUUGCGGCCAAUGAAGAGAACCGCAAAUGGAUGCGGGAGAACAUCCCUGAAAACUGCCGGCCGACCAGUGGGAAUCCUUUGCCCCCACGAAUCUUUAAUGACUGCCGGUACCUUGGGAACUAUGAAGAUUUCUUCGAAGCUAGAGAGAAUAAUGCGGUAUACGCCUUUUUAGGCUUGACUGCCCCACCUGGUUCCAAGGAGGCAGAAGCCCUGGCGAAGCAAGAAGCGUGAAUAUUUUCCCCUGUGCCUAAAGCCUUAAAUGUUCUGCAAAGAGAAAUUUCAACAGCUUUUUGAUACAAUAGCAAAAUUAUCUCUGCUUCAAGAAUUCCGCCCCACCCCCUGUGCUGAUUGCUGCACACGGCAUCCCACUAUACAUGAAUAUAAAAUGGAAAAUGCCAAGUGAAAACUCAAACUUGCCAUGAAGACAAAGGAUGUCAUUAAAGGAAGUGUUUAGAAAUCAUGAUUUCCCCCCCACUUGUUCACCCAAGUAGUGCAAUCUGCUUUUUGGCAAUUGUGUAUUUUUUAUUGGUAAACAUAAAAAACACCCCACCUUAUUUUACUAUUAUUAAUGCAAAUCUGUAGUUAUACAGUACUUGUAGAUCCAACAGCUGAAACAACAGCAAAUAAUUCUGUUAAUCAACGCCAGUGCCUCGAAAACAUUACUGAAAAAUAAUGUUGGUGUCUCUUUAAAUGUGAUUUUUGAAAUAAAAAAGUUAAUAUGUAGUGUAGUAAUAGUUGUAGUUGCUUGCUGAGGUUAGGGUAUUUCUUCAUUUGUAGAUGCAUUUUGAAAUUGUCUGCUGUAAUUUUUAAAAAUGCCUUAUGAUUCUCAUUGGAGUGACCAAUGUGAGGAAUUCUCACAAACUCGAGGUUUGAUUACAUUAUAAUAUAUCUGCUUCUCAAGGACCUGAAAACGCCUACUUGUGCAAGAUUUUAGUGCAGUCACGGUGAAAGGUGCAUAACAAACCGUAUUACAAAUAAGCCAAAAAACCCACAAGAAUCAAACCUGCUCUGGUCCUCAUCUUCUGUAAAAUUUGAAGCCUUUCAUGCGGCGUUUUGCAAAAAAAACAAAAAACCAUUCCACUGUGCUUGUGUAUGUUUUAGAACUUGAAAAGCAUAAUCAAGUUAUUGCUAUUUGGAAUAAUAGUCAUUCCGAGUAAAUCUUCGCUGCUUUGUAGGAAGAGAGAUACUGAAAGAAAUGCCACAUCUACAGAUAUGUCAGCGUGGAUUUGCAAUGCCAUGAAGCUGCUUUCAGCAAUCUUUGCCCAUCAUGUUGAUUUUCAUUUAUUGCAAUAUUGAGCUGUUAUCAUGCAACAGGCAAUAACCUCACCCAGAAAGCAUUCUGGGGGGACUGAUUCAUCAAGGUCUCUAAGUUAGAAAGUAAUAUUGAAGACUGUGUGCCAAAGCUCUGAUCCAGUGAUAGCUUGGCAUACACAUUUUUCUACUGGCCACAAUAUACCCGUAUCUGUUGUCCCCUUGUAUAUUGAACAAAGUUGCUUUCUAAUCUGUUAUCAAGUAUCUUCUUUUCAAGCCCCCCCCCUUUAAUUGGUGUGUUUAUGACUGGGAUUCAUACCAAUUUGCAGGACUGUCUACUGUAUGCAAGCGCUCUGAGAAUCAGGCUUCCUUUUUAGACAUAGCGUAGCUUGUCACCAUCUUAUCAUUUGUUAGACCUGGUUGAGGAGUUUGAGGAGUAAAGUCUCCAUGCUUCAGAAUAUUUGAGAAGACAGUGGAGUUUAAGAGAGAAAGCAGUGAUGUGACUUCUAUGCUGACCUGUGUUUCCCCCCAAUAGAAAAUGUUGGAUGCAAUGUUUGAAGAAAUGGGUGCAGCCCAAAAGCAGCUGUUGCCUUAUUUUACAGGCUUUGUAAUGUAAAAGAGUUGGAAGCACAGCAGCAUAUGGAGUAGCUUUCACUAUUUGCUUUAGCCCAAAUGCUGUUUCUGAACAGGUUUCUUAGUAUGAGCUCUGUUUGGAUUGGAAAAUAUGUUUCUUUCUCCCCUCUUCUGCAUGGAUUCUCCUUUCUGUCUUUUGGGAUGUGAUUACUAUAGCUUGCGGUUACAUCUGAAUGAGAAAACUAUGGGUUAUUGCUUGCUUGCAAGUUAUGGGUUGCAAACCUACUUCCAUCCAUAGUCUCAAAUCAUUGCUUAGAGGGUCUUGCUGUCCAUUCUUUUCCUAAUUAUUCAUACCAUUGAAACAAGAAACCAGGACCACUUCCAGACAACUGCAGUUGGGAUUCAGUUGCAUGCCAGCAAAUCUAGGCUACACCUUUAAUGUGGAUUUGGUACUCCUGAACAAUAAACCUACUUCCCCCACUCUAAAUGAUUUUCUUUUGAAAGGAUGUGAUUGGAAAAUGCACUGUAAAGUGUAGCAUAACAGAUGCUUGAUGUGAUGUAAUGUAACGCCCCCCCCCAAAAAAAAUACAGAAUGAAUACUUGACAACAGUGCACACCAUAUAACUUGCCCACAAACUUUGUGCAAACGAAUCAGGUUUAAUGCCCAAUAAGUCACUUGUCUAGAAGUAACCUAGGAAAUGGAAGCGUGACCAGUGCACAAGAUAGAAGGAGGGUUACAGAAAUCCAUAGUAUGUUCUUCAUUUUCUGGGACUUAAUCGGGAUGAGGAACCUCAGGCCUGGGAAGCAAAUGUACCUUACCUGUGGGAUUCUUAUCAAGUCACAUCACCCUGCUUUAUACCUAUUUAGUGUUUUUGCCAGGAUAUAAUGUGCCCUUAAGCUCUGAUUGUGCUUCUUUCUUUCCUAGAUGAACGAUACGGAGGGAUAUGUGAGCAAAUUAGCAUUUGUUGUUCCACUUUUGCUUCUGUCAUCACCCACCACUGGCAUGCGGCCCCCAGAAGGUUGUCUAGAAGGUCAUGUGGCCCUUUGGCUGAAGAAGGUUCCCCACUCCAGAUUAAUCAUUCAUGUUUCAACCAGAAUAGGGAUAUAUAGGCAGCAAUUUUAAUAACUGAAACAGGUGGCCUACACCCAUGGGGACCUAAUUCACACAUUUUAUUUGCCCAUGUGUGCCCAAAGUAAUGUAGGACUGCAGAAAGUAGGGCAAACCAAUGCAUGGCACUCCUGCAUCUUGAAAAAGUAGGCAACCCCAGAUGUACAUUCAGCACCACUGUGAGAACUAAGCCAAAAUCUCCUUUGUAAGCAUUUGCCUUUAAACUGCUUUUUGAGACUUGGUAAAAUUGAAUUCUUUUGCUUUAUAUUUAAAACCUGAGAUAAUGUACUCUUUCCUCAAGUAAGGACUUACUUGUUUUUAUUAAUAAUAAUCAGGCUUGUCAUUUUUAACAGACUUGGGUUUUUUUUAAAUUAAUGGCUGCCUUUCCUGUUUUUAAUGGGGUUAAAAAAAAUCCUUCUGUCCACUUCUGUGAUCAUUCUGGGUCCUGGAUUAGGAAAUCAAGUCACAAGAUGUUCUGGUUCUCUCUCAAUAUAUAUAUUUUUCAUAAGAAUUGCUGAUUUCUUAGAAGGGUAUUUUGUCUUUCUGCUAAGUUAGUCUUAAUAUUGGUAAUCAACACACAGCAAUGAAAAUUGAUUUUUUAAAAAAUCUGUAGUAACAGCUGUACUUCUGCAUCUUUCCGUUCACUCUGUUUUCUGUUACAGUAGUAUGAAUUUCAUAAUAAAGAUUUCUACCUGACACACACACAUACACAA